AUGCGUGACGCGAUUGGAGAGGCUCUGUCCAAUAGCGAGGUGGCUAAUCGAAUCUGGGUGGAGCCUAGCAACGGUUGCUGUGCCGACUGUGGCGCCACCAAACCUGAGUGGGCUGCCAUCAACCUGUGUGUGGUGGUCUGCAAACGCUGUGCAGGUGUGUGUGUGUUUAUUAUCAGACAGUUGUAGAAUUUCAGAUCCACUGACCUUUGGUUGGACCUAUUUGUCUAUUAUACACAGAAUGCAGUCAUAGAAUUAUGUCUAUUUUACAUGUUUGUGUGUCUGUGUAUGUGUUGUAGGAGAGCAUCGGGGUUUGGGCCCCAGCAUCUCUAAGGUACGCAGUCUGAAGAUGGACAGGAAGGUGUGGACAGAGGAGCUUAUACAGGUAUAUACACACACACACACACACACACAUAUAUACACACGCACACAUAUACACACACACACACACUCACAGAGACAGACAGACAUCCAGACAGACACACAGAGAUACACACACACACAGUGUUUUGGUGUCCCUAUCUAUCCCCCCCUCCCCUAUCCCUCACCUGUCCCCCAGGUGUUCCUGUUGCUAGGUAACAAGCGUCUGAACGGGUUCUGGGCGGCAAACGUCCCUCUCAGCGAGUUGCUGAGUCCGACCAGCUGCAGCGAAGACCGCCGACGAUUCAUCAGCUCCAAAUACAGACAGGGCAAAUACCGCAAAUACCACCCCCUCUACGGCAACCAGAGAGAGCUCAACAACGUAAGAUCAACCUUUAUAUAA